AUGGGCGCAGCUGCCAGCGCCGCAUCGCGUCGUGCAGCAGAGGCCUUGGCCCAGCGCUGGGCGUUCCUCGUGGCCGAGCAAGGCGACGCGGAGGAACUGCAGGCCCUGGCAGAUGAGCUGCACACUCAGACCAAUGGCCAGGUUGUUCCUUUGCUCCGUCGGGUGCUGAGCGGGCCUGACCUGGGCUUGUCAUGGGGCACUUGGCGCUGGCUGAAGAGGUCGAAGGAGGAUGAGGGUCAGUCGUGGCUGCAGCCACCACUGACCUCACUGGAGUUGGAUGGGCUCUUGUGCGCACUGCAGCUGGCGCGCCCCGAGCUGAGGGAGGUUUUGCUGGAGCUGGCUGAUCCUUACCCUGGCGCCCCACGGCACUGUCCGAGCGUGCGACACCUGCCAUGCCUGGCGUCCCUGUGGGUCCAGCAGACCGUCUCAGCGCUGCGCGUGCACCGCGUGGCAUCGGCGGAACCACAGUGGCAAGCUGCCAAGGAGUUGGCCUAUUUUCACCGACAUCAGCUUCCAUUAGUCGAUCCUCGGCCAGCUGCCAUGUGUGGCUUGCAGCAACGACACCUGCGAGAGCUAUUGCACCGCCACAAAGCUUGGCUACAGGAGUCUGUCUAUGAUGAGGUGCGGGAGGGUUCCUUCCGGCCUUCUUGUUGGCAGUUCUACAGUGAGAUUGCCCGGCCCUGCAGUACCAGAGCCCGCUGCUUUGCAGAAGUCUACCCACCGCAGGAGGUGACGGCCGUGGUCAGCCAUUGUUGGAAAGAUGCCUUUGAAGACUUGCUUUUGGCGCUGGAGCAGCAUGUGACGAAGAGCAUUGAAGGCAACAGCGGCUACUGGUUAAGCCUUCUUGCUUUAACGCAUUCCAAUGAGAGCAUCACUACCGCGCAGCAUCGCAGCCUACUGGCAGCCUUUGAUUCAUGUGAUGAGCUCGUAGUCGUUUGGGACACGGAUGGGAGGUGGCCAACAAGGCUUUGGUGUUUGUAUGAGCUGACGCUUGCGGAUGAGCAAAAGGAGGUCCAGGUGACUUCGCUACAAGGUCUUCUGGGCUCCGACCGGACCGUGGCCGCCUCGCGGGCCGCGGCGCGGCGGCUGCUGGCCGCGCGGCCGGGAGAAGGUCGAUCCGUGCCGCAGGCACGGCCGGAGGAGCUGGGGCAAGUGAAGGCCUGGCUGGGUGAGAAGGGCCAGGAGAAGAUGGAACGUUCUUUGUUGGCCUUAGCCGGACCCCUCUUUUGCCUUGGGGACACCGUGCCACCAGCGGUUCCCGCUGCACCGGUGGGCGCUCAGUGUCAUCAACUGAUCUCCGAGAUUUGUGCAGCGUUGCCCUCGGGGCAGUGCUUGGUGAUCGAAGCACCCCCUGGGCACCGGAGGAGCCACCUGGCUCGGCUUCUGGUCACCCAGCUUUGCCGCAUGCGACGGAUGCUGCCAGUGCACAUGAGAUGUGCUGUGCUCACUGAGCUGAAGGACGAAUCGAAGGAUUUCAUGAAGCUUUGGCUCGGUGCCGUCGGGUGCGGAACGUGCUCCGACUCGCUGCCGUUGGGCGCCAUCGUCGUCCUCGAAGCAUUGGAAGAAGUCGAAGGGUCUCAAGUGGGUGAGAUCUGCACUUGGGCCACCCGAUGGCUCGAAGGUGGAAAUUCGAUGAUCAUCACCACCAGGUGUGACAACGAGUUUCAGCCCUGCUCGGACGUCGUCAGCCUUGACCUCGCUCAGCUCACCCGGGACACCUGGCGGGAGGCCUCGUUGCCGCAGUGGCCCAGUGCCCUACGAGUGGUUCUCAAGGAUGGCAGACUCCAGCUGAAGGCUUCGAGUGUGCUUGGGCGUCCGGUCUCUGUGGACUGGGGCCUCCCCAGCUACAUCCAGCUGCUACGCUCCAUGGACCUUGGACCGGAAACCACCUGCUUCGCCGUCUACGAAAGUGCCCUGGAACGGCUCAGACUCAGCGCGCAGGAGCAGGUGGAGCUGGAGGAACUUGCCUUGAAGUUGUGUUGUCAAGGGAAGUCCGUGGCCCUGACUUCCCCAUCUCUGGAUCUACCGUUUGUGCUUCGGCCCCUGGGCAUCAAGUGCAAACGACCACGCUGGCAGCGCUUCCGGAACGGCACGUGGCAGAGCUUUUUCGCAGCAAAAGCGCUGCUGAGACGGAAUGACUUAGCGCCCCAAGUGCUGAGCCAACAGUGGCCGCAGGUGAGGCACUUCCUCCGGCGUGGCCUGGAGCAGUGGCUGACCAACGCGUCGACCGGCGCACGGAGCGUCUGGCCGGUGCUGCAGCGGAGGCUGAUGAUGGCCAUCCAGCUCGACGCGGACGUCAACGUGCUGCGGCCGUUGUUGAGCCCAGCGUCCGAGAACGGCGUGGUCGGAGCAUUGGCCUGCGAAGCGCUGGAGCACUGGCUGGCCGCUGGCGUGGAGGAGCAUCAGCCGCCCAGCAAGCCCAGCGCGCAGUUGCCUCGUUUGGUCUCGCUGUGCACCUCGUUGGGCCCCGCCGAACACCAGCCACUGGACACGGCGCUGGUGACCACGGCUCAGGCGCUGGUGCGGCUGGAGGAGCUGAAAAUCAAAGACUUCAGCUACCCUGAGCUUCUGCUCACCCUGCACUGUGCUGCUGCUUUGGAGCCAGAGAUCAAGUGGCCCAUGGCUCAGCGCUUCUUUUAG